UUAUUGCCCUUUAAACCACACACACAUUUCUGGAAGAAGGCUGUUUUUCUUUUACACAUCCCCUUUUUGAAGAGAUAUGUAUAGCUUUUACUUAAAAUCCAGAAGUGAUAGGCCUCCUUGCCAAAAAUAGAGAUUUUUUGGCUUCUAGUUUUAUCUUUCCUCCUGUGAAUUUGGCUAAUCUUCUCCCGGUUGCUACCUAACUGCAGGUUGCAGAAUGCCCUCCACUUCCUUCGAAAAAGUCCAAGCUCCUCUGGCCUCUGAAUCCUUCCUGAGGGCUUCCCAUUUCAAGCUGGGCUUUGACCAGAGGCCUGAGGGUAGCACAGUAAUCUCCCCUUAUCGUAUAGACUAUCCUCCUAGAUGGGGCUCCUAUCAGCGGCAACCCAUUCUGCCUCCAAAAUGUGCUGAUGUCCUAAACCAAGAAAUGGGCGAUGCCUGGGACACUUGCUCAGAAUCAUACCUUUCUUAUCCGACCUGGCCUUUGGAAAUGAAAUCUGCUAUUAAAAUACCUGUAUCCAACUUCCAAAUGCAUGCAGAUCCCCGCCACAGCAUCCUCACUUCUAUUACCCGAGAAAGCUAUUCUUAUCCUCCUAGCCUCCCGCAUACCACUCCCAACCGUGUAGACAAGUGGGACGACAGUUUUCCCAGUGGGGACAAAGAGAAGGAACCCCUACCAGAGACCCUUUACCAGCAGUCCUACCCAGCCUACCAAGGGGUGGUACCUGCAGUCAGGGCUCCAAGCCAACACCUGGGAGGUGGUUUAACCCUGAGAGGUGAUGAUCAUAACUAUUUCAACACGUCUUACCAAUCACAGUUCACAGGUGAAUGGGCACCUCCAAUCAAGUGCUGCACUGAGAAUGUGGUAUCUAUAGUUUUGGGUGACCCUCGAUACUCCCAGGCAGUGAGUGAGCAGAAGCGUGCAUAUACUGUCCAGGAACCUGAAGGUCAACGCUAUGACCCACAUAUUGCCUCAGCGAUGGUUCACCAUUCAAACGUUCAGCCUGGAGAUGGGCAACACAGGUUUUCUACUAUCAUGUCUGAAUCAUACUUAUGGCAGCAACCUGGCCCUCCAUCCUAUUCUAACUCCAAAAAGAAUGAGUCGUUUGUUCUCCUAGGAGAUCACAAUGAGAAGAGAAAAUGCACCGGUAUAACCAACAACCAAUUUUACUACAAAGCGCCAAACGCAAAGGACUUUGUGACCCAGCCACGGACUCAACCACCAACAAAGCUGUGCUUGGGAGAUAAACAGUUGUUGCCAUUGUUUCAAAGUAUCCAUCAUUCUGACUAUCAGCCACCUCCUGAAAUACACAAAUUGGAUUCCAAAAACAAAACUUCAACUGAUAGCCACAUUUUCCUCAACUAUGAAGGGCCUGGAGUGCCCACCUUCAACACCACUACAACUCAAGAUAUGCUUGUUCCUCACCAAGGGAGGAAGUAUCAGCUGACAGAAGAAGACCUGCAAAAGAUUAAAUAUUCCCAUUUUGUCCACCCAUGGAAGGGGAAACGUUGGUUCAGCACUGAACAGAGAGAUGCCUACACAAACAAGUACAGUGGACCAAUCACACUCGCGACGGCAGACUUCCAAGGGAGCAAUGUUCCCCUUGGCACGAUGGUCAAGUAUCAACCCAGAAAGAAGCUUGGUUCUUGAAAAAUGUCUCUGUAACUGAGAUGUUUGAAUGAAUAAAUCAGGUCCCAUUUA